AUUUGUUCAUUCAUCAUGGAGUAGAUGGUUUUUAAUUUGUUUCUUUUUCAUUUUUUAGUCUUUCAAUUGGUUUUAAUUAUGACUUUGUUCAAUAUUUAAUUCUUUCAAACUAUGAACCUAUUUGGAUUAUUAACUUUCAUACUAUUAUCCUUUCUAAUCGAAGGAAUUAAAGGCUCUAAAUGGAAGACUCCGUUAAACUCAUUUAUAUUAGAUUAUGAUGUAGUGGAAUAUAAUGCUCAUCACGUCCAUCAUAAAGUCAAAAGGCACAUUGAGGCCAUUAGAUCAUCUUCACCACCUCCACCUCCACCACCAGCAUCUACAUCUUCGCCAUUGUCUUCAUCCUCACCAUCUUCUACAUCAACAUUGCCAUCGCAAGGAUCAACUGGACCUUUAUUAUCAACUGUAUCACCUUUAGAUCCUAUUCAAAUUAAUUUUAAAGCCAAAGGAAAAAUAUUUAACCUUAGCUUAAAACCUGAGGUACGAUCAGCUUUCUCUGAAACCCUGAUUGUUGAAGAUUCCUCAGGUAAACCAAUCACCAUUAAUUUUGAUCAUAUAGUUUCUGGUCAACUUGAAAAUGAACCUGGUCACACCAAAGUGUAUGGCUCUAUUCAUGAUGGUGUAUUUGAGGGUAAAAUUCAUACACUAGAUCAAACCUAUUAUGUAGAAAGAGUUGGUAAAUAUGGUAAAGAUUUUAAAGAAAAGGGACAUAAUGUAUCCAGUCAUUCAAUCAUCUAUUCAGCGGAUGAUGUUCACCAUGAUCAUGAUCAUGAAAUUGGCGCUGGUUGUGGUAAUGAUGAGAUAUACAAAUGGAUGGAGGAGAUAAGUAAUUCUGCUGUUCCUGAACCGGAUGGUAAAAAGCAGAAAAAACCAAUUAUUGUUGAUGACGAAGAAGCCCAUCAUCAUAACUAUUAUAGUGAACCAGUGAAAACUGUCAUUCAUCAUCGUAGUAAGAGAGAUUCUUCCUCCUCCUCCUUUCAACCAUCAUCAAGUUCAUCUUUUGAACCUUCUGCUCAACGACUAGACCAUAAAUGGUUUGGUGCUGAACCUCGAAUAGCUCCAGAUAAAUCAAAUAAUCUCAACAACAAUCCAACUCCCAAUUAUCCUAGAGAAAUAGUCCCUCCUGCCCAUAAGAGAGCUUGCUCACUUUACAUUCAAACAGACACUUACCUUUGGGAUCACAUUCGAAAGGAUGUUUCUUCCGAUACCAAAGCCAGAGAGGAAAUCGCUUCUCUGGUGGCACAACAUAUUAAAGCUGUUAAUCAUAUUUACGAGAGUGCCAAUUUUCAAGGUAUUCGAGGACUUAAAUUUAUCGUUCAAAGACUUAAAAUCAAUGAAUCAACUGCUUGUGAUGACCAAAGUAAAAGGGAUCAAAAUCCUUUUUGCUCACCCAACAUCGAUGUUUCUAAUUUCUUAAAUCUUAAUAGUCAAUUUAAUCACAACGAUUUCUGCCUCGCUUACAUAUUUACUUAUCGUGAUUUUUCUGGAGGUACCCUUGGUUUGGCCUGGGUCGCCUCUACAUCGGGUGCAUCAGGCGGUAUCUGUGAAAAAUACAAAUCUUACACUGAAAAUAUUCACGGACGUCAAGUUCAAACAAAACGUAGUCUCAAUACUGGAAUAAUCACUUUUGUUAAUUAUAAUUCACGGGUACCACCAAAAGUUUCUGAAUUAACUCUUGCCCAUGAAAUUGGUCAUAAUUUUGGAUCUCCACACGAUUUCCCACCAGCCUGUAGACCCGGUGGAGCAGCGGGUAACUACAUAAUGUACUCAUCAGCUACUUCCGGUGAAAGGGCGAAUAAUAAUAAAUUUUCUCCCUGUUCUGUGAGAAAUAUUUCCGCUGUAUUAACUGCUGUUUUCCACCAAGAAGGAAAAGAAAAUUGUUUCGAGAUAGACAAUGGUGCUUUCUGUGGUAACAAGAUUGUAGAAGAAGGUGAAGAAUGUGAUUGUGGAUAUGAUGUUAAAGAAUGUACUGAACAGUGUUGCUAUCCAAGGGAAUAUGAUGUUUUCCUUAACAGUGAUCCAGACGCUAAACCAUGUAAACGGCGUUCACGAGCAUAUUGUUCACCCUCCGAGGGACCUUGUUGCAAUGAACAAUGUGGAUUUGAAAGACCCCACAAGAUUUGUCGUUACGAGACUGAAUGUACAUUUUUAUCAUUUUGUGAUGGUAAAGCAGCCCAAUGUCCAUUGCCACCAGCGAAACCCGACAAAACGGAAUGUAACGGCGGUACCCAAGUCUGUCUUAGGGGAACAUGUUCUGGUUCCAUUUGUCAAAAAUACGACAUGGAAGAGUGUUUCCUUACCUUCAAGAAUGGAGCCAAACCCGAUGAGAUGUGUGAAGUUGCCUGUCAAAGGCAUAAAGAUCCUAAAUCUUGCCGUCGAACCUCUGAAAUUGAACAAAUGCGCAACAUUAGUGGACUCAAAUUACGUCCUGGAUCACCUUGUAACGACUUCCAAGGUUAUUGUGAUGUUUUCCAAAGGUGCAGAGCAGUUGAUGCUGAAGGACCUUUAGCUAGAUUAAAAAAUUUACUCUGGAAUCAUAAAACUUUGCUUACAAUUAAACAAUGGGCAACGACCUACUGGUGGGCCUGUAUGUUAAUGGCUAUUGCUAUACUCUUAUUCAUGGCAGCGUUCAUCAAAUGCUGUGCUGUACAUACUCCUAGUUCAAAUCCUAAAAAGCGACCUGCGCUCAAGAUCACCGAUACUUUACGUCGUCCUGCGGAUACUCUAAGGCGAAAGCGGCCGCGAUCUACUCAUUCAAGACCUGCCAAUCAAUCAUCAUCCUCAUCAAGCCAUGGAGCCAAUAUACCUUUACAACCCUCAGCUCCUUUAUUUUCAGAUGUAUCCAUUAAUCAGCCUUCAUCAUCAUCAUCAUCGUCUUAUAAUCAAACCUCUUGUGGACUCAAUAUGCAACAUACUCAGUUAGUUGUUGCUUUACCCCCUGAAAGUCAUGGACACUCAAGUGGCAGUGGUAAUGGAGGAGUUGGUGGUGGCAGUUUAAAUUAUUCUUCCAACUCAUCUGAUCCACCACCUCCUUAUCCAGGUUUAGGAUUAGGAAUACCACCCCCUCCACCUCCCAUCUCACGUAUACCCACUUCUAAUUCAUCAGGUCCUUCUCAUGGAUAUGGUGAAGGUCGUGGUCACUAUAACCGUAAAGGCCAAACAAAUGUACCAACAGGGAACAAAGGUCAACCAAACAAUGUACCAUCCAUGCCUAAAAGUCAUCAUAAUAGUGUAUCUAGUAGAUCUCGACAUAUGAGAUGAUGACUUUGGUUUUUUUCAAAAAAACUCCGAGUUUUUUUUUAAUUUUCAACUGUAUUUAUUAUUCUAACAAAAAACAAUUAAAACAAACACUCAUGUCUCACGAAAA